AUGUCUCUUUUGCGUUGCGCAGAAGCAUCACAAUGUUACACGUUGUUGCCUUCAUGGUGCACCAAAGGGGAUUUGUGCGAAGUAUUCAUUUUUCAUCGCAAAUCCCUUCCCUCCGCUUCUCUUCCCUCUAUCCUACACGUCCACUUGUCGUCGCCCAGUACUAUUGCGGGUGGGAGGGGGAAUACACGACUAAUGCGAGUCUACCAGAUUCCAUACUAUCUAAUAGAUGCCUCUAUUUGGUACUGGAACUACCUUACUAUCCUGAGAGAUCGAGAAGCUGAACGGUAUGGGUUGGAAGCGCCGGGCGCCCUCGAGCGAAGUCGCAUCCAUAAAGCUAUUAAGAAGGCCGCUCUAGCCUGGAAGAAGAUGCUCGACAUUAUAGAUAAUCCGAUUGUAGACCUGAUACCAGGCGCGUCGAUUUUGGUCAAGCACUAUAGGGACGAGGUCUCUUGUAAACGUGCUCGCCGCACAUUUGGCCCUCAACUCAAGACGGUCAUAAUCCCUAAGAGUAGCAAAGCCGGGUCCGUUAUUGAGCAGAAAAUCGUAGAGGAUUUUCGCCGUCGAGAACAUAACGUCAUAGAUGCUCUCCUGUUUUCCUUGGAGACGUUGGCUUCCGUCAACAACGAUCAUGAGGUUUUGCAUCAGAAUAAUAGUAGCGGGGCUGCUGGCGACAGAGCUAUCAAUACUGAAAGGCAGGAAGAUUCGGCCCAUAUCACGGAGACGAGCGAGGACACUGGUAUACCGACGCAUACGUAUCCCAAACUGGGUAAUGAUCGGCUGGCCAGUCCCAAUGGGGUUCCCGAAGCCUCUCUCGAAGGGCGACGUGCCGUUCUGUCGGCCAGAAAUUCGACUUCAUCGCCUGUCUCGACUCAGCUUCCGGCUGUAGCCAUCUCGCCUUGCAGGAAAGAAGAAGAAGAAGCAAUAGCUAUAGAAUCUGGUCUGGGUCCCAUGGAGUCCUCCUCCGCUCCUCCUCGGUCGGAUAGGAGGCGGGCGAAGCGCGACCUAGCGAAGCAAAAACGUCGCCGUAUCGUCUUGAUCACGCGCCCCUCCGAUCACGGGCACGAGUACGGAUAGACGCCCACGAACUCGAAGACGCGACAGAAAGACUCUCCGAGUCUUUCAAGCCAACGUCGGCAAGAUUCCCCCGGUCGUCGCGAGAGGGCCACCAUGAAAAAAAAUAAACUGUG